GCCGAGCGGAAAAAGAGGAAGAGGGCCUGGGUGGGGGGGUAGAGGAGGCUUUGGUAUUUGAAUAUCCAAAGAGGACAGGGAGGAUUUGCAACAGAGGAGGAAAGAAGCCUUGCAGCCGGAUCGUGGGAAGGUUGACUCACAAGCAGUGAAUAAACAGUAUUGAACUAUUAGUUUUGCAGAGGAGGGGAAACGGCAGCUGCACCUCCAGUCCAGCAGGGGAUGAUCAGAGGGAGGAGGAGGAGGAAGUGCAUCAUCUAUCACCAGAUGAAAUCAAAAAUGAAGAUCUGAGAGGAAACUUCAGGAAUCAAAACAGACCCAAAAGGCAGAAAGGUCUCUUUCUUAUAGUUGAGAAGAUGGAUGAACCCAUUCCUUGCCAAGGGGGGGAUUUCCGUGAAGCACUUCACAUGGUGGAGGAAAGUUACAAGUGCUUGGAGUGUGGAAUGAACUUCUCAGAUCAAACCCAACAUAAUAGCCAUUUGCAAAAGUGCAGUGGAAAGAAGACCCAUCAAUAUUUGGAGUGCGGAAAGGACUUCUUUUGUAGAGCAGAACUAAUAAGAGCACAUGCAGGAGGGAACUACUAUAGUUGUUGUGGUGAGAGUCUCUCACAGAAAUCAGACCUUAUUAAACACCAAAGCAUUCAUUCAGGAGAGAAGCCAUUGGUCUGUUCAGAGAGUGAGGUGACAAUCUCUGAUGGAAAACAGGAAAGGAACAUUAAAAUGAAGGCAUGUAAAUGCUUUCGAUGUGGAAGGUACUUUAAAUAUAGAUCACAGCUCUUUGUGCACCAAAGAAUGCACACAGAGGAGAAACGUUUUGAAUGCUCAGAAUGUGGAAAGAGAUUCAGGUUCAGUGGCUAUCUUCAGCAGCAUCAAAGAACCCACACAGGGGGAAAACCUUUUGAAUACCCAGAUUGUGGAAACAGAUGGAGUGAUAAUAGCAAUUUUCAGCAGCAUCUAAAAACCCUCACAAAAGAGAAAACUUUUGAAUGCUCAGAGUGUGGCAAGAAAUUCAAUUUCAAUUCUGGUCUUCAACAGCAUCAAAGAACCCAUACAGGUGAGAAGCCUUUUGAAUGCUCAGAAUGUGGAAAGAGAUUCAGGUGGAGUGGCCAUCUUCAACGGCAUCAAAGAACCCACACAGGGGAGAAACCUUAUGAAUGUUUGGAGUGUGGAAAAAGAUUCAGUGACACAUGUAGCCUUCAAAAGCACCUACGAGUUCACAGAGGGGAAAAACCUUUUGAAUGCUCAGAGUGUGGAAAGAAAUUCAGUCUGAGUAGCAAUCUUCUACAACAUCAAAGAACCCAUACAGGGGAGAAACCGUUUGAGUGCUCAGAGUGUGGAAAGAGAUUCAGUGACACAUGUACCCUUCAAAAACACCUAAGAACCCACACAGGGGAGAAACCUUUUGAAUGCUUAGAGUGUCAAAAGAGAUUCAGUGACACAUAUAAUCUUCAAAAGCACCUAAGAAUCCACACAGGAGAGAAACCUUUUGAAUGCUCAGAAUGUGGAAAGAAAUUCAGUCGGAGUGACCGUCUUCAACAGCAUCAAAGAACCCAUACAGGGGAGAAGCCUUUCGAAUGCUUAGAGUGUGGAAAGAGCUUCAGUGACACAUGUAGCCUUCAAAAGCACCUACGAGUUCAUACAGGGGAGAAACCUUUUGAAUGCUCAGAAUGUGGAAAGCGAUUCAGUCGGAAUGGUGAUCUUCUACAGCAUCAAAGAAUCCACACAGGGGAGAAACCUUUUGAAUGCUCAGAAUGUGGAAUGAAAUUUAGUUAUCGUGGCAAUCUUCACAAGCAUUUAAGAACUCACACAGGGGAAAAACCAUUUGAAUGCUCAGAAUGUGGAAAGAGAUUCAGUCAGAGCAGCAAUCUUCACAAGCAUUUAAAUAUUCACACAGGGGAGAAACCUUUUGAAUGCUUAGAGUGUGGAAUGAGAUUCAGUCAGAAUGACAAUCUUCAACAGCAUCAAAGAACACACAGGGGAGAAACUUUUGAAAGAUCAGAAUCUGGAAGGACCUUUCCCUAAGGUGUCACUCUUCAACAGCAUCUAAGAACCCGCACCAAGGGGAAACGUUUUGAAUGAUCAGAGCAUUCUGAGGUGCCAUCUUGGGAAGCAUCUACAAACUCACACAAGGGAGAAUCCUUUUUAAUGCUUAGUGUGUGGGAUGAGAUUCAGUCGUCAUGGCAGUCUUCAACAGCAUCAAAGAACCCACACCAGAAGAAACUAUGUAACUGCUUAGCUUGUGAAAAUAGCUAUUGCAUCUGCCCAAUAUCCUGUCUCUAGCCUGGAAUAAAUGAUAGAAAUAGUCAAACUGAGGACACUGUUCAAAUAUAUCCAGGGCUUUUUUGGUAGCAGGAACUCAUUUGCAUAUUAGACCAUACCCCCUGAUGUAGCCAAUUCUCCUGGACCUUACAGUAGGCCCUGUAAGCUCUGGGAGGAUUGACUACAUCAGAGGUGUGUGGUCUAAUAUGUAAAGGAGUUCCUGCUACAAAAAAAGCCGUAAGCAUAUCUCAUGGAGAAGAAAAAAAAGAUGUGUUCUUUGGGUGGAAGGGAAUUAAAGACCAGCCGAUAUCUCUAACCUUUGAGGAAUCUACACAUGAGCAGAACCUCAUAAAUAGUCACUGAGUACCAAGGCCUUGAGGCUGAGAUCCAAUUUCCCUAUUUCUUUGCUGUGGUGUAGUUGGUUCUGAUGAGAUCCUUCUUUGAAUGCCCAGGUGUUUGGAAGCUCAGAAAUACACAAAAGAAGUUACAUGAAGAAGGGCCUUUUUAGAGGUUGCCCUGCUUCAGUCUAUCUGACAACGUAACACUUUCUGAUACCUGCAAAACUUGCUAAAACAUUCCUCUUAAUACUGUGAAAAAAUAGACAUGUUGUAUUUGCAGCCUCUCUGUUACUGAUGUAGUGUGAACAGCCUGCAUCUUCAAUUUACAUACUUUUUUUUAACCAAAGAAUUCUGGAGAGGCAUUUCUGAACCCUAUUCCCUCCCCACUCCAGCCUGCUGUGAGCUUUUUCAGGUCUCACCAUUUUGAAGCCCAAAGAGUUCUGGCAGUAGGAUUAAUUUGCAUUGAAAGGAAACAGUUGUGACCCCCAAGCCACAGUUCCUAAUUUCAAUGGGGUCAGAUCCCUCCCCCCACCCCAAACAUCCAGUAUUGUGGAAAUGAGCAGAUGUCAUUUAGCUGGCAGGUGGAUGUUCUAGGACACGAAUUCCCCAAUCCCAGUUGUCCUUCCCAUCAGAUUCCAGAUUCUCCUAGAGAGAAACAGAAGGGAGAAGUAAGGUUCCUUCCUUCUGCUCUCAAUCCCCUUUCCUGGACUCCAUAAACUGGAAAUGUCCUAGAGUAACAUCCCCCUCCUCACAGGUCCCCCUCUUCAGAUUCCUUCCUUGAGAUUGUGGCUUUUUUGAGCAGACUGAAUGCACUACAUUAGUUUGGAAAAGUAUCUGUGUUUAUGUAUCUUACCCAUUUCCCAGAGGCUUAAUUUGUGGAAAUGGGCAGCUGAAGAGGCAAAUAACAUCCCACAAAGCCUCUGUUAAUGGGGUGGCACACUUUCCCCCUCCAGGUAGUUGGCAACCUUUAAGUAAAUGGGGGAGGAUUAAUUAGCGAAAACAAAGCUCAGGUAAAGCAGAAUCAUAGCUCAUUAAAGAGUUUUGAAUUGUUUUGUUUUUUCCUGGUUCUUUGUGGGUUUUUAAUGAGUUUGGUUUCAUUAAAUGUUUCAAAGGUUA